GCCACCGCCCCCACAAGAUGGCGGACGGCGGGGCAGCGCCCGCGCAGCCGGACGGGGAUGUGCCCGCGGCUCCGGCCGCCGGCGGCCGCCGGGAUCGACAGCCCCGGAGCAGCGGCCGCCCGCCCAGCGCCCGGGAUUUGCAGCUGGCCUUGGCAGAGUUAUAUGAAGAUGAAGCUAAAAGACAGUCAUUGUGUUCUGACAAGACAACAGCUACAAAGAUCAGUAACCCAAAGGGAUCACAGAGUCUUAAACUGGAUUCUCUUAAAAGGUUGAGAAAACCAGAGAGAAGCAUGAGUGAUGACAAAGAAAACCAAAGAUUUUAUUCAGGUGACUCAGAAUAUAGAGGAUUACAGAUUUCUGGGGCUUCUAAUAAUCCAAGUAAAAUUGUUGCUGAACUCUUCAAGGAAGCAAAAGAACAUGGGGCUGUACCAUUAGAUGAAGCCUCGAGAGCAUCUGGUGAUUUCAGUAAAGCCAAGUCAUUUUCUGGUGGUGGAUACAGAUUGGGUGACUCAUCACAAAAGCACUCUGAAUACAUAUAUGGAGAAAGUCAGGAUGUUCAAAUUUUGCUGAAACUGUGGAGGAAUGGAUUCAGUUUAGAUGAUGGCGAGUUGAGAUCCUAUUCAGAUCCAACAAAUGCUCAAUUUCUUGAGUCAGUUAAAAGAGGGGAAAUUCCUUUGGAACUGCAGCGACUUGUUCAUGGUGGCCAGGUAAAUUUGGAUAUGGAAGAUCACCAAGAACAGGAAUAUGUGAAACCCAGACUGCGAUUCAAAGCUUUCAGUGGCGAAGGGCAAAAGCUUGGAAGCCUUACACCUGAAAUAGUCAGCACACCUUCUUCCCCAGAGGAGGAGGAGAAAUCCAUUCUUAAUGCACCUGUCCUGAUUGAUGAUUCCAUGCCAGCAACUAAAAUUCAAAUUAGAUUAGCAGAUGGAAGCCGGUUAAUACAAAGAUUUAACCAAACACACAGAGAUUUGGGCAGCAAUGGAAUCAUACAGAGUUUUCAUGUCCAUGUCCUUUCCACAGGAUUAAGCAUAUUCGAGAUUUCAUUAUCCAGUCCCGUCCAGCUUUUGCAACAACGGAUUUUGUUCUUGUGACUACCUUUCCAAAUAAAGAGUUAACAGAUGAAAGCCUGACACUACAAGAAGCAGAUAUACUUAACACUGUGAUUCUUCAGCAAUUAAAGUGAUCUUGUGAUUGUUGUACAACAUAGGGACCCUGCUGUACUGUCAUACAAUAUGUUUCCAACAGAUGAAAGAAAGAAGAUAUCAGUGUCUUUUUAUUUCCUCUUUUCCAGGGAUCAUAUUUUUGGAUUUCAUGUCUUCCAGCUAUAACAUAUCUAACUUUUUUAUUUUCAUUUCUCAAUAUUAUUCAGGUUAUUUUCAGUGUUAAAAUUAAUGUUCUGUGUGUUAAUAUGUUUAAACCACAACUUAUACUAAAUGUGAAAUGAGAUAGGACUUUGUGACUCAUUGUUUUGAGGGGGGUGGGGAGAGGAGCAUUUUUCUGAAGGGGACAAUGUCUUUCAUAGAGUUGGUAAGAUUUGCACUAUGGAAAUGUUCUAUGCUGCAUUGACAAACAGCCAUUUGAAAACUUAGACUGUAGGUUAUGUUUACCUUGAAAACGGUAUUAAUAUUGAGAUGUUCUUUUAAUAGGUUUACAGAUAAUUAAUGCCCUAAUAUAAUUUUUGUACGUUCUAUUUGUAGUGUUUCAUGGUGUAGUAUAAUAUUUAUAUUCUAGUUUUUAUGUCAUUUUCCUUGUAUUGUUGCUCGUAUGAGUGAAUCAGUUCAGGAGAUGCAAACCUCAGCUGUUGCACACUAUAAUAGAAUGUUCUUAUUUGUAUUCUAGUUGUACUACUUGUGAUGAAAACAAAUAUGAAUUUUUUUCUUCUUGAAAGUUAGAGAAAUGUGAGAGACCACUGUCAUCUGGGGAACUGAUGUGAUUUACAGGAGGCCUCUGGUCAUUAUGAAUCUGAGUAUGCAGUUGGACCCUGUGCAACAGCGUGAUUUCUUACACAAACAGUUACUUAACCCCAAACAAAAAUACACUGAGGUGCACAAACACAGAACUGGACUAAUUUUGUGCAUGCAAGUGACAGCAUAAAUGUGUUAAUUGGUCACAUAUUUUUGACCUGAAUUUCAGUUGUUUAUAUUUGGAAUUUUGGCCAAAGGUAUUUUGUAGUAUUCACUGGGGAUUUGGUUGCGCAGCUUUCACUGUGCUUGUUUGGAAGCUGUAUAAUUAAACCCCUUAAUCUUUGAAAUGACAUAUUUUUUAAAAAAACUUGCCCCAACACUGCAGUAAGCAGGUAGGAGUCUUAUGUUGGGGGAAACUGGCUGCUGUGCUUUAGUAGUAUGCAGUUUUUUAGUAUUUUUGGACUUAGAUGAGUGGAUCACACUCUGAAGAAGAAUAGGUGGGCUGUAUCUCUUGUACCAAUAUGUGCUAAAAAUUGCUGUUUUCCAUGUUUAUUUUGUUCUGAAAAUAUCAAUACUUGUUUAUUUAUGUUAAGGUUAUAAUUGCUUCGUAUAUUCUUACAUUUUUACCUCAAAGUAGAUAUUUGACUGAGUAGAUCUUAAACAUGCAGUUGUAUUUGAAGUAUUUUGUUUUGCAGUCUGAAUAUCUGCAUGAUUUUAAUUCAUUUCAUGUGCUAAGUAAUUAAAGUUUUAUGUUUAAGAUCACAGACAA